UAUAUAUAUAUAUAUGAUCACCUAGCCAAACUUAUGAUAAUAAUAAUAGCAUAAACAAUGAUUGCAAAGUAGCAAUAAUGUCAUCAAUGGUGUUCAUAUUGAUAGGUUAGAAAUUAAGUGCAAAGUAAUAAAAUUAAAUUAUUGAUUUAAGUUAUGUUGAUCCUUUUAAUUAUAAGUUUAUUAUUAUCACAAAGGUUGAAUUGUUCAAGGGUUAUAUAGAUACAAUAUAUAUUAAUAAAGAACUAAAAUUGAUAUCUAAUAUUGUUAUAUACUUAAGGGAAGAAAGGAAGGUAGUUUUAGAGCUUUGAUUGAGCAUUCAUGAGGUCAAAACAAGAACAAUUUGAACUUGAAAACGAGUUAUUUCCAACAUGAUAAGACUGAUGUAGAAGAUUUUUAUCCAACAUAUGGCCUUAAAAUAAUGGACAUAAAUUUUGUUUCUAGAAACCAUGAUCUCUGUAUAGGGUUUGAUUUAUAAAAGGCAUCUAAACUCGUUAAGGCCUCCAAACUAGUACUAGAAAUCACUAUUUUGAAAAUGUCAUAUUUUCCAAGUUGAUUAAAAAAAUUUCUAUUUACUUAGAAAUAUUUUAUUAAUUUUUAAGUUUUGUUUUGAAAAGCUUUAAUAAUUAAAUUUGUUUAGAAAAAUAUUGACUAAUAAAAGUUUGAAUUAUAAUUAUUAUGAUCUUUGUGUUUAUUGUAUUUUUUAUGUUGUUUUUGUAUGUGUCUGCAACCUACUACAUAUUUCUAAAACUAGAGGACGGUGUCGUUUCGAAAAAUCUGCAUUGAUAUUUUAACAAAAACAAGUCAUUGCCUAGACUUUGAAGGUUGAAAAGAGUAACUCAUUAAAGAGAUGCCUAAUUCCGUCACGCAACUUCUCUGGAGACUUGUCUGAAGGCCAUAUCCUUUCUCCACAAAGCAAAAUUUGACAAUUUCCAAAAGCCAGAUCCAGUUUACCCCAUCAUGGAAGCUGAAAAACUGUUCCUGCUUUUUUCUCUUUUAAUGCUCCAUUUCUCAUCUUGUACAUCCCUAGACUCCUUAAAGACGAACCAAACCAUUAAAGAAGGUGACCUUCUCAUCUCCAAAGGAAAUAAUUUUGCACUAGGAUUUUUCAGUCCAGGUAGUUCUAGCAAUAGAUAUCUUGGAAUUUGGUACCAUAAAGUACCAGAACAAACUGUGGUGUGGGUUGCAAACAGGAACGAUCCAAUCAUUGGUUCCUCAGGAUUUCUCUUUAUAAACCAAUAUGGAAACCUCGUUCUCUAUGGUAACGAUGACCGAAAGCUUCCUGUGUGGUCUACAAAUGUUUCAGUGGAAGAAAAUGAUACUUGUGCAGCUCACCUCUUGGAUUCAGGAAAUUUGAUAUUGUUCAGGAAAAGAAGCAGAAAAACUGUAUGGCAAAGCUUCGAUUAUCCUACGAACAUCCUGCUUCCUGGAAUGAAACUGGGGCUGGAUCGAAAAUUAGGAAUUGAUCGGUUCCUAACAUCAUGGAGAUCAGCUGAUGACCCUGGGAUUGGAGACUUUUCUCUUAUGAUCAACCCAAAUGGCUCACCGCAAAUGUUUAUCUAUAAGGGUACAAAGCCAAUUAAUAGAUCUCCUCCUUGGCCAUGGAGAAGUCAGAUGGGCUUAUACAAAAGCACUUUUGUAAAUGAUCCAGACGAAAUAUACUUUGUCUACACAGUUCCUGAUGAUUCUAUUCUGCUAAGAUUAAUAGUGGAUCAUCCAGGACGUGUAAAGGCUUUAACAUGGCGAGAAAGUGAUGGUCAAUGGAAGGAAUACUGGAAGUCCCCUCAGUUUCAGUGCAACUAUUAUAGACAUUGUGGUGCUUUUAGUACGUGUGAACUUGCCAAUCUAAAUGAAUUUGGAUGUGCCUGUUUACCUGGUUUCGAGCCCAAGUACCCAUUGGAAUGGUCUACGAGAGAUGGGUCCGGUGGUUGUGUCAGGAAGCGGCUACAUACGUCUUCGGUGUGCCAGCAUGGUGAAGGGUUUGUGAAGGUGGAAAAUGUAAUUCUUCCGGAAAGUUCAGCUGCAGUUUGGGUGGAUAUGAGCAAGAGUCUUGCAGACUGCGAAGUGCAAUGCAUGAGGAAUUGCUCAUGCUCUGCAUACGCAAUCAUUGCAAUUCUCGGAAAAAAUUAUGGUUGUUUGACAUGGUACAAGGAAUUAGAAGACAUUAAUUAUGCUGGGAGUGAAAGUCAUGAUCUCUAUGUUCGUGUUGAUGCAUAUGAAUUAGCUGAUACUACAAGGAAGUCAAAUGAUUCUCGUGAAAAACCGAUGCUGGCCGUUUUAGCACCAUCAAUUGCAUUAUCGUGGUUUCUCGUUAGCCUGUUUGCUUAUUUGUGGCUCAAGAAGAGAGCAAAAAAAGGUACUGAACUGCAGGUAAACAGAACUUCUACUGAGUUGGAAUAUUUCAAGCUCAGCACCAUAACGGCGGCCACUAACAAUUUCUCUCCAGCUAACAAACUCGGGGAAGGUGGUUUUGGCUCUGUUUAUAAGGGUCUGCUAGCUAAUGCAAAGGAGGUUGCAAUAAAAAGGUUAUCUAUAAGUUCAGGACAAGGAACAGAAGAAUUUAAAAAUGAAGUUAUGGUAAUUGCAAUGCUUCAACACAGGAAUCUUGUUAAACUUCUAGGUUACUGCAAUCAGGAUGGAGAACAAAUCUUAAUCUAUGAAUACUUGCCAAACAAAAGCUUGGACUCGUUUCUUUUCGAUGAAAGCAGAAUAUUGUUAUUGGAUUGGCGAAAACGCUUUGAUAUUAUUGUUGGAAUAGCUCGUGGGAUUUUAUAUCUUCACCAAGACUCCAGGGUGAGAAUCAUUCACAGGGAUUUAAAAUGCAGCAACAUUCUAUUGGAUGCAGAGAUGAACCCAAAAAUAUCAGAUUUCGGAAUGGCAAAAAUAUUUGAAGGCAACCGAACUGAAGAUAGGACAAGGAGAGUUGUAGGAACAUAUGGCUAUAUGUCACCAGAAUAUGCUGUGUUUGGAAACUUUUCUGUAAAAUCAGAUGUUUUCAGUUUUGGGGUCAUGUUGCUAGAGAUUGUGAGUGGCAAGAAUAACAACAGAUUUUAUCAACAGAAACCUCCGUUGACCUUGAUUGGAUAUGUGUGGGAAUUGUGGAGACUAGACAAAGCAUUGGAGAUAGUGGAUCCAUCACUGAAAGAGUUGUAUCAUCCGCGUGAAGCCUUGAAAUGCUUACAAAUUGGUCUCCUGUGCGUGCAAGAAGAUGCCACGGACAGACCAUCUAUGUUGGCAGUUGUUUUUAUGUUGAAUAGUGAAACAGAGAUUCCUUCUCCAAAACAACCUGCAUUCCUCUUUAGAAAAUCUGACAAUAAUCCUGAUAUAGCAUUAGACGUAGAAGAUGGACAGUGUUCUCUAAAUGAGGUGACAAUUUCUGAAGCUGCUUGUCGCUGAAGCUGUGCUGUCCGAAAAAAUUGCUAAUAUGAAGUUCCAUUAGAUUUGUAAUGAAAACAAAUAUGUUGUACAUCACAACAGAUCAAGCUCUUCAGCACUAGACGUACCCGCUGCUACAACUCCCAACCUGAUUCUAAACAACUGAUCUAUUCUGCCUGGUGACAAGGAAGAAACCUAACAGCAUCAUCAUAUGGAAUGCUAUAUGGGUGGUGUUCGUCAGCUAUUCUUUUAUGGAUAGUUACUCGAUCUACCUUAUGUUAUGAUGCUUGCUUUGUCUUACCUUUUUCUCCUAUGUUCCUGAGCCACAAAUAUGCUAAUGAUCAGCCAUGAUGAACCCACAGUUGGAACAAGAACGGUCACAAUUCCUUUUCAUGAGAGCCAUUUGAUCUCC